AUGAAGACCGGUCGAAAGCGCGCAAGUUCUGUGUGGGAUUAUUUCACUUACGAUGAUAAACUAAAUAAGAGUAAAUGUUCGGCGUUGAACUCGAAAGACGAAACAUGCGUCUUUUCACUAGCCGGCAAAAAUCCCAGCAACCUAAAGACUCAUCUGCGAAGCAGACAUCCAGCUUCCUACGCCGUCGUAGAGAAGUGUAAAACCGAUAACAACGGGAAAACGACUCUUUCUAGUGAGAAGCCUGCGUCCGGUGAUGAAGAAAAGAGUACAGAAAACUUGGAAACACAGUCAAAGUAUAAACAGCCAAGUUCCUGCUUUGUCGUGGUAAAAUGUGAAGAGGAAAAGAACAGAAAAAUGGCAAUUCCCAAUGAAGAGCGUGCAUCUGUCGGAGCGGAUAUGAAGCAAUGCAAAACGUGUGGGAAAACUAUGUUGGCGAGGAAUCUCAAUCGACACAUCCAAACAUGUUCUGGUACACCAAUAGGUCCACUGGCACAAGAUAAAGACCUUCUUGCAUUUGGUCGUUCGCUGGCCUAUCAAGAUGAGACAAACGACAAAUGGCUCAGAAAAAUGGUUGAGGCUUUCCCCCAGAUUCCAAAAGAAGAUAUAUGGAAGGGAUUUGUAGUUGCCCGCGCCGCGAUGAGUGAGUUGUCUGUGCGUUUAAUACCGGGGUUGGAAAUACCUGGUCUGAGAGGAAGUGUGCCGUCAAGAGAAAAGUAUGUAACCGACGCGAGAAGAGUUGCUGAUCAGUUUGCAGUAUUCCGAACUGACAUGAAUGAUUGGUAUGCCACUAUAAAUCCUCCGAAAGAUCAAACAACGUCAGUUCAGUAUAACAGUUUAAGCGAACCACUGACAAACACAGGUACAGUUUCGGAAAAUAACCAAGAAAAUGAACCUGAUUCUGCAUCCCAAGAUAAAAUAAACUUAGAAGUCCAGUCAGUAAUUAUAGGAGAAUUAAUAGAAACAAAUCAAGACCCGAUUCUUAACACUAUCUGUGAGCAGGUGCCUGUUUACGAAGUGAAGCCAGAUAUAACUCAAUUGCCUUCCUAUCAUAGUUCUUCAUUAACUCCUACAGUUUGGCUGAACGAAUCUAUAAAGAAUGCAAAUCAUAAUUCUGAAACAUCAAGUUUAGGGAAGAGGAAACUACCUGAGAGUCUUAUUUCUGGUGAAUUAGUGGUAUACUGUGAAAAGUACAAAAAAGAGCUCUAA